UACAAGCACACUGCACACACAUUCAGUCAUAACGUAAAAUAUGAAAUUAGACACUAUCUUCGCCUUUAUCGUAGUUUAUAUUCUGCUGGUAACCUCAUCAGAGUUCCCUAGUGUUGCUGCAGAUGAUGUUAGCAGCAUCAUCAGUGCUUCCCAAUUUGAGCAAUUGCUGAAACACAGAAACGAUCAAAUUUGUGAGGGGAAGAACGGAUUCUACAGCUACAAUGCUUUUGUCACUGCUGCCAGAACCUUUGAUGGGUUUGGCACUACGGGUGAUGUUAACACUCGUAAGAGGGAGGUUGCAGCUUUCCUAGCCCAAACCUCUCACGAGACCACAGGAGGAGGAGGAUGGCCUAAUGCCCCAGAUGGGCCAUAUGCUUGGGGUUAUUGCUUUGUCACAGAAAGAGAUAAAUCCAAUAAUUAUUGUGAAAUUAGCAAGGCACCAUGUGCCUCAGGCAAAUCAUACUAUGGUCGAGGACCCCUUCAGCUGACACACAACUACAACUAUGAUCUAGCUGGAAAAGCCAUACAUUCAGACUUGAUAAACAAUCCAGACUUGGUAGCCCAAGACCCAGUGGUAUCAUUCCAGACAGCUAUAUGGUUUUGGAUGACAUCACAAGCCAAUAAGCCCUCAUGCCACGACGUGAUCACCAAUAGGUGGACCCCAUCUUCUGUCGACAUGGCAGCUAAUAGAGCCCCAGGUUAUGGUGUGAUCACCAACAUCAUCAACGGUAGGAUUGAAUGUGGGAAUGGUCCUUCUCCAGCCUCAAAUGACAGGAUCGGGUUUUAUAAAAAGUAUUGUGAGAUUUUUGGGCUCUCAGAUGCUACCAACUUGGAUUGCAGUAGCCAAAAGUCCUUUGAUCAAGAUUAAGUUGGACUCCUUCCUUGCUUAUAAUUGCCUUAGUUAUAAAUCCCGGAAUAAGAAUAAGAAUGUUGGUCCUUGUGUUGAUUUUAAAUAAAUUUGUCUAUUCUGUGUUGAAUGAUUAAAACAUUUUUGUUCAAUCA